AAUUUAGUUAUCUCAGAUUAUGAUGAAGAAGUUAUAGAAAUAGAACCUGAAAGUGAUGAUGAGGAUAUCAUAUUAAACUAUUCAACUCCUGAUAUUAAAAGCAGUGAAGAAGAAAUAUUUGAGGAUAUUGGAAAUUAUGAUAAAAGAUUUA